CGCUUCUGUGGAUCCGACGGAAGGGCCUAUAAAUAUCCGAUGUGGCAUCUCCACAGACAUUGAGUUCGCUGAAGACAUUCACUCCGGAUCAACAUUUGUGAAGCAUUUUUUGUGCGCACCUCCUAGUAUCGAGCUACUAUCCAAUUAUCAUCAUCAAAAUGAGAUUAUUCCAAUUCGCGACCUGUGCUUUUGUGGUGUGCGUUGCCACCGGAUCUUACGGAGGAGCCGUUAGCAAACGUGAAGCUCCAUUAACCGGUGGUUACCCAUCCGGUCGUCCAACCGGAAGCUAUUUGCCUCCUUCAUCUGGUGGAUUUCCUCAAGGUCCUAGCAGCAGCUAUGGAGCUCCAGGUGGUGGAUCCGGUGGAUUCGGUGGUUCUGCAACCGGUGGUUUCGGUGGAUCCGGUGGAUUUGGUGGAUCAGGAUUCGGAGGUGGUGCCCCAUCUCAAUCGUACGGAGCCCCUAGCUCUGGUUCAUCUGGCCAUGGCGGUUUCGGCGGCGGUGCUUCAAGUGGAGGAUUCGGUGGUGGAUCAGGUGGGUUCGGCUCAUCGAAACCCACUGGUAACUACUUGCCACCAUCCACUAGUUACGGAACUCCAGUAGCACCAUCCCGUCCUUCCUCCCAAUAUGGCGCACCGUCCUCCUCUAGCUUUAGCGGUUCAGGUUCUUUCUCCUCUAAACCGUCAUCUCAAUACGGUGCUCCUUCAGGUGGACGUCUAUCUCAAUCUUACGGUGCUCCAUCCGCCGCUGGACCAUCCUCCACCUACGGUGCCCCAUCCAACGGGGGUUCUUCCAGGCCAUCCAGCAGCUACGGAGCCCCAGCUCCAGCCCCAUCUCGUCCAUCCCAAAGCUACGGUGCUCCGACCGGUAGCCAAGGCGGAAACGGUUUCGGACAUGGUGGAAGCCAAGGAGGAUAUUCCAAUGGUGGUAGCCAAGGAGGAUACUCGAGCGGUGGUAGCCAAGGAGGAUACUCCAGCGGUGGUAGCCAAGGUGGAUACAGCAACGGUGGAAGCCAAGGAGGUUAUUCCAACGGUGGCAGCCAAGGAGGAUACAGCAGCGGUGGUAGCCAAGGUGGAUACAGCAGCGGUGGUAGCCAAGGAGGAUACUCCAACGGAGGCAGCCAAGGUGGUUACAGCAACGGAAAGUCUCAAGGAGGAUACAGCAGCGGUGGUAGCCAAGGAGGAUAUUCCAACGGUGGUAACGGAGCCGGAAGACCAUCCCAAUCUUACGGAACUCCAUCGAGGCCUUCCCAAAGCUAUGGUGCCCCAUCUCAAGGCGCAUCCCGUCCAUCCAGCAGCUACGGCGCCCCAUCAACCGGCGGAUCCGGCGGAAGACCUUCCCAAAGCUAUGGAGCUCCAUCUGUUGGCGGUGGUUCUAACGGCGGUCAAGGUUAUGCUAGCAACGGAGGUUACUCUUAUUAAACGUACCUGAAUUCGGACCUACAUCUACAAUACGCAACCAAUGUAUAUAAUAACAUACACACGAUGUAGAGAUUUAGUAAUUAUUUAUUAA